UAUCGUGUAGGUGGGACUAUACGUAGGGAAUAUCGCGAUAUAAAUUGUUUUUAUUUGCGAAUAAGUGUUUGCAUUAUGAGGUCAAGUAGUGGCAAAGUGCUUAUGCAGUUUUAGUUCAGUAAUUCAAUUAUCAUAAGCAGUUUUUCGGAUGUGGCUGUUACGUUUCAGUGUUUUGUGAUUGUGAAUUAUUGUGAUCAACAUGCCGGGUCUUAUAGGUGUUGGCGAAUUCAUAGAGGAAACAAGGGAGGAUUAUAAUUCGCCGACGACAUCUACAUUUGUUUCUCGUAUACCGCAAUGCCGUCAAACUAUAAAUGCAUUGGAAGAGACCUUGGAUUUCGACAGAGAAGGGCUGGCGAAACUGAAGAAGGCGAUAAAAGCGAUUCACAACUCAGGAAAUGCUCACGUCGACAAUGAGAUGUACUUAUCACGCGCGUUGGAGAGGCUCGGCGGAAACGCCCUCAGCAAGGACUCGGAGCCGGAUAUUGGAGCGGCCUUCUUUAAAUUCGCAGUCGUCACCAAAGAAUUAUCUGCCCUUAUGAAGACAUUGAUGCAGAAUAUUAACAACAUAGUAAUGUUUCCAAUAGACAGCCUAUUAAAAGGAGACCUUCGAGGCGUGAAAGGCGAUUUAAAAAGGCCGUUUGACAAGGCAUCAAAAGAUUACGAGUCAAAGUACCUGAAAAUAGAAAAAGAGAAGAAGUCACAAGCUAAGGAAGCAGGCCUCAUCCGCAGUGAGGUAACGCCGGCAGAGAUCGCUGAUGAAAUGGAGAAGGAGAGGAGGCUGUUUCAGUUACAGAUGUGUGAGUACCUGAUAAAAUUCAACGAGAUAAAGACGAAGAAGGGCAUAGAGCUGCUGCAACACCUGGUGGAGUACUACCACGCCCAGACAAACUACUUCCAGGACGGCCUGAAGACGAUCGAGCAUUUUGGCGUCUACGUCGCGGAUCUGAGCGUCCAGCUGCAGAAGAUCAGGCAACAACAGGACGACGAGAGGCGCAGGCUACUGGAGCUGAGGAAUAUGUUGAGGGCGGCUGCGCCUCAGGACAGAGAGGCUGCAUCAACGGUCGGUGGCUACUCCCUCCACCAGCUCCAAGGCGACAAGCAACACGGCGUCACUCGCAGUGGCUACCUGCUCAAGAAGUCCGAGGGCAAGGUGCGGCGCGUGUGGCAGAAGAGACGCUGCAGAGUGACGGCGGAGGGGUACCUCGAUAUAUUCCACGCCGACGAGAACAAGACACCGGCCAGGGUCAACCUGCUGACGUGCCAGAUUAAAGUCGCCACUGAAGAUAAGAGGGCGUUUGAUCUAGUCUCAUACAACCGCACAUACCAUUUCCAAGCCGACGACGAGAGCGAACAGCGGGCGUGGACGUCCGUGCUGGUGAACUGCAAGGAAGGGGCGCUGAUGAGGGCGUUUCACCAGCAGGCCGGCGAGAGCAACGACACGGGACAUUCUCUGAUUGAUCUGCAGCGGUCUAUCAUUAGGGCCGUCAGGUCGAUGCCCGGGAAUCAAGUGUGCGCUGAUUGCGGAUCGACUAAUGACCCCACAUGGCUGUCAACAAACUUCGGUAUAAUAGUGUGUAUAGAGUGUUCUGGAAUCCACCGGGAGCUGGGCGUGCACAUAUCGCGGAUCCAGUCUCUCACCUUGGACCGCCUGAGCACAUCACAGCUACUCCUGGCGCGGCAUAUGGGCAACCAGCUGUUCAACGACGUGAUGGAGAACACCCUCGACGACAGACUCAAACUGAAACCGGCCAGUACCAUGGACGAGCGUCUCCGGUUCAUCCGGGAGAAGUACGUGGUGCGGUCGUGGGUGGAGCGCACCUGCCGGGACGAGGCCGAGCGGCUGUCGGAGGUGGAGCACGCCGUCAACAACCGACACCUGCACAACUUGCUGCAGGCCUACGCCGAGGGAGCAGACCUGGCUGCCGCGCUGCCCAGCUCGGAUUGCGGCGAAACACCUCUCCACCUAGCGAUAUCACGGGAGCUGGGGGACGGCUCAUGUUUGCACAUCGUCGAUUUCCUGGUGCAGAACGGAGGCUCACAGGUGUUGGACAAGGCGACACUCUCCGGCAUGACAGCGCUGCAUCUGUGUGCAGCCACCGACCGCACCGAACCCAUGAAGCUGCUCCUGAAGGCCGGGGCUGACACCACGCUGAAGGACCUCAAUGGAAGGACUCCACUGCAGAUCGCGAGGCAUUUGGGUCAUAUUGCGUGCAUGGAGUUGUUGGAAGGUGUCGACAAACGGGAGAAGAAUAUAUUUGAGAAUAUCAACAUUGACUGGAACCUGUCUCAUGAUGAGGGCUCAACAGACUUCUCUGAUGAUGACACUGUCAUUGAUGAAAGGCAAAACGGCAGUGUAACACCGGAGAAGAAGUGUCCUGGGUCGCGGCCGCCGUCGUACGCGGGUGGCGGGGAGUCCCCCGUGCUGCGGUCUCGUUCGUCCACGUGCGACUCGCUGCAGCACGCUCCGCCCACUCCCAGCACGCUGCCGCGCCGGGCCAACGUGUAUAAUAUUGGUAGUUUAAAGAAGAGAACAGCCCCGCUCCCUCCUGCCGUCUCGCUCGGACACCCGCGACCCACGCCAUCCCCGUCUCCUUCAUCUGACACGAGGUCUAUACACAGCGGGCCGGUGAAGCAUCGGCCGCAGCAGCCUCCCCCCACCCCUCCCCCGGCACACUCGCUGCACAACGGAGCACAUCGGGACGAACCCACGCCGCCACCCAGAAAGAAGAAAAAUAGAUUGCAUCUGGAACAGGCUGGCAAAGUGAAACUGAGAAGGGAGUGUUCUAGUCAAGAGUCGUCGCUGGAGCUGUGCGACAUGUCGGACGGCGCCGACGAGAGCCGCCUGCCGUGCGAGCGGUCGCGGUCGCGGUCGCGGUCGCGGGAGCGUGCGACUCGCUGCGACAGUCGCUCGCUUGACACAUCCAGCGUGCACUCGAGGUCGCCGUCCGCCUCCAUCUCUAUGAUGAGCGGCACAAGACGGUGUAGAGCGCUAUACGAUUGUUCAGCGGACAACGAGGACGAAUUGUCCUUCCGGGAGGGAGAAGUCAUCGUUGUGAUCAACGAGCGUACUGAAGACGACAACUGGAUGGAGGGACAGGUCGAAGGAACCAACCGGCGGGGCAUGUUCCCCGUCUCCUUCGUCCACAUGCUACCCGAUUAGUAAGAGAGAGACGGAAUAUGCACUCUCAGCUACGUGUCACGUGAUACAACGCACGAGCAUGCGUUUGGAACAUUUUCUCAGUCUCUUUCGUACGCAUGCAAACGGAUAAGUAAGAAAGAGACAAUCUAUGUAUCGUUAGUUGCGUGAUAUAUGUUUUUCUCGUGUGAUUCGUAUUGGUCUCGUCGUUAGAUAGUAGACUAGCCAAGUAUAAAGUGAUAGUCAAUGUGAAGGCUCAAGUAAUGUGUGGAUUUGAUGUUUUCUUUAUCUUAUAUACUAACAGACAAGUAGAUGGCGAAGCUUUCGGCGUUUAUUUGAUGGGCUAUGAGCUUAUUUACAUUAGUUAUUGUACCACAUCACUGCUAAGGGGCGAUCCUAAAGUUACGUCACACGUUAAGGGAGGGAGGGGGUUGUCGAAGUGUGACAUAGUGUGACAAGGUCCCAAAUUAAUUGUGUGACGUCACAAUUUUUCAAAAUAUAUCAUUUUAUAUCUAACUAUUACAACACUUAAUUUAAACUACAUACAAUGUGAAGUUGAAGUGGAAUCUAAAAUCAAAGAAUUGCAAAGAAAACUAAAUUUAAAUUGAUAGAUUUCUAAAUGAUUCACAAAAUAUGUGACAUUACACUACGUAGGGGCAUCUCACAAAUGUGACCAGCUGUGACAAGGAGAAAGGGGUAAAAAACGAAAUUCGUGUGACGUAAUAUAUGAUUGGCCCCUAAGACGAUAACACCAACUUCAGGCCUCAAGUUAACUAGAUUGUGAUACAGCGCGACAGUUUUAUAUGAUUUUAUGUAUAGCUUUCGUAUACACUAACGUCAUUGAUCUCUGUUUUGAUAUUUUAUAUUUAUAAUACGAAUUUAAAAAAUUGAAACACCAAUAGCGAUUGCACUCCGUCCUAAGCGUGGAUAAUCACGUUGACGUACAAAGGGAAGCACUUCAAACGUCCUUCAAAUGCAUAUUAUAAUCUCAUUAAUGAUUUCCGUUCAAGUAUAAUAUAGUAUGGACACAAUACAGUAGCGUAACUCAGCGGUCUCCUUGAAAUAUACCUACGUAUGGGCAGAGCGCUAGGGUUGGUACACACAAAAAAAUGGACGACGCGGCGUACUGCGUGACACUCAAUAGGUUUGUCUUCCCAAGAUUGCUUAGCGGCCGUGUAAAUCAUGUGUAUGUGUGAGUGCGUCGAUUCAGGCGCUUUAGUGUGAAGUUAAAGUACUGUUCUGUUACUUUAUUGUACUUGUAUUAUGGAUCUCUUGUUUAAAUUUCUUUCUUAUAAUUUUGUUAAAUAAUAGUAUUUCAAAUACUCAUUAGACUUAAAGCAGACUUUCACCGAUUGUUACCAAUAUAAGUUUACUUUACUCCAGGAAACUUGUACCUUAUUUCACCACGUUGACAAUUGCGAUAACUGUCAUUUAAAGUUUUCUAUUUACUAGUUUAAAACAAUGAUUUUACUCAUUCAAAUUUUUUCUUUUAAUGCAAAUUUAGUGAUCUCUA